GGUCCCUCUCCGGUGUCGAUCGUUACGACGCCUUCGGGGGCUGAUCUCGUCACCAGUGCCUGGGGCCCUGGGCCACUUGCUUACGGCCACCAUUGCCCUGGAGCCCGGACAGGGCUUGGGCAGCUCUUUCAAAGUCUGAAGCGGCGCAAUAUUACGAGGGAGAAGUACGUUCGUGAUAACCGUUCGCAGGACCUCCACAUCCUUCUUCAUCCACCUUCAGCACCGGGUUCAGAAAUAGGGGCUGCUGUCAACAAUUUCCACCACUUCUCGACGAAGGCUACCACGACACAUAACGAAGAUCGUCAUGAUUCAAAAAUCACGCCUGUCGCCGCGUCAUGUGUACCUGUGCCGAGCUUUUUUUUCUACCACCCGCGUGUUGGGAGAUGAAGUAUAGGCAAUGCAGUUUACUAUACUCCUUGGACGUUUUCAUUUUGUAUGUAUACUCAUAAUAAUUCUUCAAAUUUGGUUGCGCUCCGGCUCCCCAAGCUGCACGAGGAUUGAUUAUGAGUAAAACAAAAUGAUGACCCGCGUUUGAUGUCGCGCCUUUGGUUCUUGGACGCUUUUUGCCUAACGCAGCAACUGCUCGUAACUUUUUUGCAACUUUUGCAAGACGUGAUGGAUGAAUAUUGAC